GACGCCAGCGGAAGCCGGGGGCACUUCCGGCGGGGGCGGGCCGGAAGGCGGCAGCCGCCGCUUCCGCCCGGUGCCCGCGCCCCGCCCCGCCAUGGGGCCGCCGGCGCUGCCGCUGCUGGGUCCGGGGCACCGCCCGCGGCCGGGCAAGUGGUACCGGCUGUCGCCGCGCGGUGACCGGCCCCGCGGGCGCGUGGGCCACGGCUGCCUCUUCCUGCCGGGCGGCGGUACCGGCCGCGUCCUUCUGCUGGGCGGCGCCGACCCCGCCGGCGCCUUCGCGGACGCCCACUUCGUGGAGCUGGGCGAGCUCCGCUGGGCCCCGGCCGGCUGGAGCGGGCUACGGCCCCGCUACGAACAUGCCACCUUCCUGCCCGCCGCCGCCCCUCCGCGCCUCUGGGUGUUCGGCGGCGCCCACCCGGCGGGGAACCGGAGCUGCGUCCAGGUGCUGGACCCGGAAACAGGAACCUGGGAGACCCCUGAAGUGUGUGGCGUUCAGCCGCUGCCUAGGACGUUCCACACAUCCUCAGCAGCCGUAGGAGACUGUCUGUAUGUGUUUGGAGGGGGAGAUAAAGGAGCAGAACCCGUUACGGACCAGCGGCUUCACGUGUUUGACACAGCCACCUUGACCUGGUCCCAGCCAGACACUCGUGGUGAUCCCCCCUCUCCUCGGCAUGGGCACGUCAUGGUUGCAGUCGGGACCAAACUCUUCAUACAUGGAGGUUUAGCUGGUGAUGUUUUUUACAAUGAUCUCUUCUGCAUUGAUAUAAAUGACAUGACGUGGGUUAAGAUAGCAGCCACCGGCGAUGUCCCAGGAGGACGGGCAUCCCACUCAUCGGCUGUGUUUAAAGACCACUUGUAUAUCUUUGGCGGAAUAGGUCCGGACGGGACACUAGAUACCACGUACAGGUACCACACAGAGAAGCAGCAGUGGGUGCUCCUGCAGUUCGAUUCCCCCCUGCCCGCGGGGAGGCUGGACCACGCCAUGUGCGUCAUUCCCUGGCGGGUUGGCAGGAGCGGAGAGAGCGGAGCUGUCACCAGGGAGGAGUCAACCGAGUCAGGGGGUGACAAAGCUGGCCCCCUCCAGAAGAGUGAACGGGAGGAGGAGGGUGCUGAAGACACCAUUGUGCACCUACUGUUAAUAUUUGGUGGGAUGGACAUGCAGGGGGAAAUAUACAGGGACUGCCUCGUCAGCCUGAUCGAGUAGCGGAGCUGCGGUCCUGCACAGCACCAGCCUUUUUGACUCAGUUUUUAUAGUGCUGUCAGAUUAAGUUAAUUCUUUUUUUCCAAUAAAGAAAUUCUUACCCCCAAA